AUGGGAAUUACAAGAGAUUCAAGACAUAAAAGAAGAGCUACUGGAGGAAAGAAGAAUAGUAUGCAAAAAAAGAAAAAGAAUACCAUGGGAAGACAACCAGCCAAUACUAGACUCGGUGCUAUUAGAGUUCAUGAUGUUAGAUGCAGAUAUGGAAUUAUUAAAAGAAGAGCAUUGAGAUUAGAAAAUGGAAACUUCUCAUGGGCAUCUCAAUCUAUCACCAAAGGUACUAAGAUUCUUAAUGUCGUUUAUAAUGCUUCUGACAAUGAUUUUGUCAGAACCAAUACUUUAGUUAAGGGUGCUAUUAUUGAAAUUGAUCCAGCUCCAUUCAGAUUAUGGUUCCUUAAAUUCUAUGGAAAAGAUAUUGCAUCAACUGAAUAUUAUAAAUCACUCGAAUCAGCUACAUUCAAAACUGAAAAGAAGGUUGUUAUUCCAAAGGAAGAAGAAAACAAAGAAAAGAGUAUUGCACAUCAAAUUGCUCAAACUCAAGUAGCACUUAUGAAUCCAACUAAGACUAUGCAAAAGAAAUAUGCAAAGAAAUUAGAAGUAUUAAAGAACAUGAAAUUUGAUGAAGCAUUAUUAGAAGGAUUCCAAAGUGGAAGAAUUCUUGCAUGUAUUUCUUCCAGACCAGGACAAACUGGAUCAGUUGAAGGAUAUAUCCUUGAAGGUAAAGAACUUGACUUCUAUAGCAAGAAGAUUUCAGAUAAGAAGAAAUAA